AUGGGGGCGCCCUUCGCCCCUCUCCCGCCCGUCCCUUGUAUUGCUUUAUUCUAUGUUGAUUCGUAUGCUUCAGCACAUAUUUUAGAUCGUGUUUUUUCGAUUUCUCUUUUUCUAGUGGAAAAUCCACCAUCAUUGACAGUUCCAUCAUCAAAUUCAGCGUCAUUUAUUAAAUGUGAACCAAUCGAUGCUGAACAUCUUCAUAAUGAACCAUUGUUAUCGCAUCUUAAAUCCAAAACACAAGUUAAUCCAGUUAAACGUAUUAAUAUUAAACGUGAACAUCGUCUUGAUUUAAUAUGUUCCUAUAUGAAUGAACAUCCUAUAUGUACAUUAAUAGAUUUAUGUACUGCUAUUAUGUUAAGUGAACGUGAUGAAGCACGUAUUAAACAAUCACAAACAAUUGUUUGUUUAGCCAUGAAUACCAAUGAUAUAACACCAAAUUGUGAACGUAUACAACAAUUUAAAAUAGAAUUAUCAUAA